AUGGGUCCCUGUACGGCCUCCCAUUGCUGCUGUCUCCAUCGCCACACUCUGCCAUGUGCCACUUUCAGGUCUCCUCACACUGCUGGUGUGGGUUCCAUUUUUUGUCAUAGGGUGCUGGCAGAUUACGGGCCUCCCAUAGCUGCUGCCAGGCCCCUAAUCUGCCAUGGGCCCCUGUACCGCCUCCUCAUGCUGCUGCCAGGUCCAGAGUCUCUCAUGGGUCCCUGUACGGCCUCCCAUUGCUGCUGUCUCCCAUCGCCACACUCUGCCAUGUGCCACUUUCAGGUCUCCUCACACACUGCUGGUGUGUUUCCAUUUUUUGUCAUAGGGUGC